AGUCGACGCAUGCAUUCAAAUGCCAUUUAUUGGCCUAUUUUUAAGCAUUACUUGUUGUGUUUGACAUUCAAAAUGGCUUAACUGUAUUAUAGCUUUUGCCAAACAGUCAUAUCUACUAUUGAUUUGUCUUUUUUUGUUUCAAACGAUUGAUAUAAGAGAUGUCAGACUUAUUGUUGGCCACAGAAAUGAUACAACAAGUGAUGACUGAAGAAGAGGACGAAAGUCAAAAGAUAUCGAUCGAUGAAUUUUCGUCGACACAAGAGUUGACUCCAGUCAUCAAAUGUUGUUUAAAGAAGAAGUGUUACGAAAGGGUUGAACCGAAGAUACAGAACGAACUCUUCAAUCGUUUUUGGCAAAUCGGUGACUACGCGAAGCAAAAUUACUUUUUAGUCGGUUUGAUGGCCGCAGAAUCACCGAAACAAGUGACGAGUAGACCAAUUAAGAAGAAUAAGAGUCUUAGUUGGAAGUAUUGGGUCGAUAUUCGCGGUCGCAAAGAGCAAGUCUGCAAAUGUUUCUUUUUAGCCGUUUAUGGCAUUUCUGACAAAAGACUACGAGUUCUUCAAACAAAAUUAGUAAACGGAGACCCACUUGAAGAUCAAAGAGGUCGUUAUGAUACGUCCCGUCGGGCCAAUCAACACACCGCUCGUCGCGCUAAACAAGAGGACACUCAACUUAUUGGUGUCAUUGAAGAACCGAUUAGUGAUUUGUCACAAAAAAUUAAGAGACAUUCAGAAGAUAUCAACGAUAUUCAGUCGACUUUGAUUACUGUCAGCGAAAUAAUAAUUCCUCCAAAUUUUUCAGAUUUAUUGGCCACUAAUUGCGAUAACAAUAGCAAUAAUAGUAAUAAUAAUUCUAAUAAUAAUUAA